AUGAAUUAUAAUGAUCAAAGUGUUCGAUUAAAACUUUUAGUUGAUGAUAGAAAUCGAUAUAAUAUUAUUGGUUAUAAUUGGAUUAACACUUUACAUUUAAACAAAACAACAUUAAAUGAUAUUAUUUCUAAUAAUACAAUUCUUAAUGUUAAUUCUGAAAUCGAAAAUUUCAAUCAACUUAUGAAUAAUUAUAAAGAUAUUUUCAAGGAAGGAUUAGGAACUUUCAAAAAUAUUAAACAAUUUCAUACUUCUCCACUUGCAUUAACACAUUAUGAUCCUUCUCUUCCAUUGGUUUUAGCAAUGGAUGUAUCAAAUACAGGUGUAGAAGCAGUAAUUUAUCAUCGUUAUUCAGAUUGUACAGAAAAAGCUAUUGUUUAUGUAUCCAAGACAAUUACACAAAUGAAGAGUCGUUAUGUACAAAUUGAAAAAGAAGCUCUUGCUAUUAUUUAUGGUAUUCCUACAACGUCAGCUAAUCGUCUUCAACGUUGGGCUAUUCGUCUUAUGGAUUAUACCUAUGAUAUUGAAUAUUGUUCAACAAAGAAUUUCGGUCAAUCUGAUGGAUUUUCUUGCCUACUGAUCGGAUCAGGUACAAGUUUUGACAAACAAGAUCCUAGUGAAGUUCAUCUUAUUGCUUCAAUUCAACAAGAAAAUCAAACUGAAUUAUCUCUUCGUAUGUCACAUAUUGCUAAAGCUACUCGAAGAGGUCCACUUCUUAUGCAUGUUUAUCAUUAUGUACUCUCAGGCUGA